GCGGAAAUGUAAACUGGCUGUCACGUGAAGCUCAAUAAUAGUGGCAAAUUUGAAAAGAAGCUGCUGUUAGUUUGUGUUCAAGUGGAAAACGAAGUGUUUGUCACAUUUCCUGAUGUCCCAUUUCAACUUCGAGAGUCUGCUGUCAGAGGUGACCAAGAUGGAUGGCCCCAUCCCUAAUGCUCCGAUGAUGAGGUGGCAGCGGAAGGCCCUGGAAAGUGGACUCAGGGUGAACGUUCCCGACCAGGCACUACUAUCACCAUGGAAACAAAGACUGUCUCGAACCCCAGGGAAGACCCCCAAGACGCCGAGCAGCGGGAAAAUGACCCCCUUUACCACCCUCACUCCUGGGAAGACACCGGGCAAGUCCAGCACCACACUCACAUCGAAGACGCCUAAUAAGAAGACGCCAAAAACUCCAAAGCACGGAGUGCAAGACAGGUUCAUCCCAAACCGCUCGACGACCGAUAUGGACAUGGGUCACUACGCCGUGAUGAACAAUGAGAACGAUGUUGACCAGACUGAGAACACCUACAGACAACAACUCAACGACACCCUGGCCGGAGGACGGAAACCAAAGGAGUGCAACAUUCUCUCUUACACCAACAAGGCCCCACAGGCGAAGGAAGGACACAUGAACAGUCUUUCCGUCCUCUACAGCACCAACAAGCGUCUACAAGCUCGAUCCAUUGCUACCAGAUACAUUGCUAAAGAACCUGAGCGAAUCCUUGACGCUCCUGACAUGAUGGAUGAUUACUACUUGAACCUACUUGACUGGUCGAACACCAACCUCUUGGCUGUAUGUCUUGGCAGCGCCCUCUACCUCUGGAAUGCCACCAACAGUUCCAUCUCCCACCUGUUCCGGCUGUCCACACCCGACUUGUACAUAUCUAGCGUUGGCUGGAUAAAGGAGGGCAAUGUCCUGGCGGUGGGGAUCAACAAUGGUGCAGUGCAGCUGUGGGACACCACCAAAGAGAAGUUGAUCCGGACCAUGGGCGGCCAUGCGGCCCGAGUUGGUGCACUGAGCUGGAACUCCUACAUCCUCUCCAGUGGGAGUCGAACAGGUGCCAUCCAUCACCACGACGUGCGUGCGGCUGAACACACAGUGGGAUCCCUACACAACCACAGCCAGGAGGUGUGUGGCCUCAAGUGGUCAGGGGACGGUCGAUACCUCGCCAGUGGCGGCAAUGACAACCUCCUUAACAUCUGGGAUACAACCCUCGGCACUGACGUCAGUCCCCUACAUGUCCUCACCGACCACCAAGCUGCUGUCAAGGCACUGGCAUGGUGUCCAUGGCAACCUCAUCUACUGGCCAGUGGUGGCGGAACAGCUGACCGCCACAUCCGAUUCUGGAAUGUAACAACAGGGGCUUGUCUGGCCUCGACAGACACAAACUCCCAGGUGUGCUCCAUGCUGUGGUCGAAGGAGUACAAAGAGCUGAUCUCAGGGCAUGGAUACUCACAGAACCAGCUCUCUAUCUGGAAAUAUCCCAACAUGGACAAGCUGGUGGACCUGACAGGUCACUCCGCCCGUGUGUUGUGCUUGACAAUGUCCCCAGACAACCAGAUUGUGGCAAGUGCUGCAGCAGACGAAACCAUCCGCAUCUGGAAGUGCUUCGCUUCCGACAAACAACGGAAAAGUUCCGUGUCCAAAGGGCCAACCAAGGACGGUCCGGGUCUCAGCGUCUUGCGAUCAGGGAUUAGGUGAAGUGCUCGGUGUACCAUGUAGGAUUCCAUUUAUGUGCUACCAAAAAAAUCCACAACAUGAACUUAUGACAAAUUGUAUGUUCUUAUUCAUACAUACAUGACUUACAUUUCUUCAAAGAUUUACAACAGGAUGGGCAAUCCAUGAUCCAGAUCUUGGACCAGUUCAUGGUCCGUUGAUCAAGUAGCCAUGUUGUUAAUGCGUUUGCUAAUGAUGCAGAUAACCCAGUCUAUUCCAAAAUAUGGAUACAAUGUGUGAAACCCCUUUUCUAUGUGCCACACCAUGACAUGGCUGGAUUUUUGCUAUAUUUGGCAUCAAACCUUACUCACUCACUCACGGUAUGGGGACAGAUAGUGAACCUUGCCUCAAAUGUGUGGUAGCACAACUUCCAUAUUGAG